UUUCACAACGUGAGAGUUACAAUUACUGGGACCUGUGGAUACUUUAGUCGUGCAAAGUUCCGGUCUCUUGGCCAAAUAAAUUUCUGGGACAUGAGCCAAACUAGCCGACAGAUAUCUUGUAGCAACAUUUUUCAAGGGGGGGAGAAAAUAAAGUCAGCCGACGUUGUGAGCAUUCCCAGCAUGGAGCUAAAAACUGAAGAAAGUCGGGUUCAUUUCAGUAAAAGCUCAAUAGGAAACGGUUCCGGCAGGCUGAAGGAGUCAGACAAUGCAGACGCGAUCAUUUACGGAUCCGGACACGUUAAUCCGCCUGCCUGUGACAUGGAGAAACACUGCUGUCAAACAGCUGCUGCUCCUCAGGAGGAGUUGUUGAAGGCAGACUGCCGUGUGGGCGACAGCCGCUCUUUUUCUGCCUGCGCCACAAUCUCAGAAACAGCCAGGGAGCUCUGCAAAGCUGUGUCCGUGUCGAUGGGACUGGCCACGGAGUCCAAUGACACGAGCGACAUGGAACCCACUCUCCCCCCGUUUGUUGCAAAUGACCAAAUGGGAGGAGAGUACUUGUUUGGAGUCGGAGCUGUGCCUCUAAACUGUCCCGGAGCACAGUACCUGUGUCCCGACCGAGAUGACCGGCUUCUGCAAGGCCAAAAGCAACUGGUGGAAAUGUUCAAAAGUUCAGAGACUACUGCGCGUCUGCAGGACCUCAUCUCCACUCGGACAUCUGUGGAUGAUCAAAACUUCACACUGUGCAGGACUGAUGACAUAACUUCAGAUGAGAUAGAUCAUCUGGACACGGCGCGUGCAGCCUCUUGUCCUUAUGCCUCAUCUGCGCCAGGCAAUUUGGCACACUUCGGCCACGCGGCUCCAGAGAGGCCGUACCGAGUCUACAAGCCCGCCGAUGAGGGGAGAGACUUCGGGGAAGCCGUGGAGAAGUUCGGCUUUUAUCAUCCAGAACAAUACAGCGUCAAAAUCAAAUCUGAGGACAGUGAAUCUGCCGGGGCCUUGUGGGGCAGUAAUUACACCUUUAAUGACAAGCACAACUCUCAGUGUUGGGGUUCGAGGCAGUGCACGAAUGCGCACAGCACUGGGGCCACCACCGCGUUCAUAUGUAAUCCAUAUGAAAGAAGCGCCAUGCGCCCUGAGCAGUGGUACCCUGGCGGGAUGCUGAGGCCGCCAUAUCCCAACUCCAACUACGGGAAGACUGAAGUCGGCGAAUGGCUGGAUGUCGCCUUCAAUGACACCAGGUUCGAGGCUGGCAGAGAGCACAUGUUCCCCAUGGAGUUCUUCUUUCCACCACAGAGAAUGUGCCUGAUCUGUUCAGACGAGGCAUCUGGCUGCCAUUACGGCGCACUCACCUGUGGCAGCUGCAAGGUUUUCUUCAAAAGAGCAGCAGAAGGCAAACAGAAAUACCUGUGCGCAAGCAAAAAUGACUGCACUAUCGAUAAGCUAAGAAGAAAGAACUGUCCGUCGUGUCGGCUGAAAAAGUGUUUUGAAGCUGGAAUGACUCUCGGAGCCCUUUCUCGUCAUUAUCACAGAGAAACUACCAUUUGGCACCAAGCACGCAAACUGAAGAAGAUUGGACAACAGAAAAACCCUGAAGAUGAACAUCCUGGUCAGGACCCUUUAGAGGCUAUCCAGAAUGUCUCUCCUAAAUCAGGCCUGAACUUCAACUCCCAGCUGUUCUUCCUCAACAUCCUGGAGUCCAUUGAGCCUGAGGUGGUGAAUGCAGGACAUGACUACGGACAACCAGACUCUGCAGCCACCUUGCUCACAAGCCUCAACGAGCUGGGAGAGAGACAACUGGUCAAAGUGGUCAAAUGGGCAAAAGGACUGCCAGGUUUUAGAAAUCUCCAUGUGGACGACCAAAUGACUGUCAUUCAACAAUCAUGGAUGGGGGUGAUGGUGUUCGCACUGGGAUGGAGGUCCUAUAAAAACGUCAAUGGCAGGAUGCUUUACUUCGCGCCAGAUCUUGUGUUCAAUGAACAUCGGAUGCACAUUUCCUCCAUGUAUGAGCACUGCAUACGGAUGAGGCAUCUUUCACAGGAGUUCUUGCUGCUGCAGAUCUCUCAGGAAGAGUUCCUCUGCAUGAAAGCCUUGCUUCUCUUCAGCAUUAUGCCAGUUGAGGGUCUGAAGAGUCAGAAGUACUUUGAUGAAUUGCGUCUUACCUACAUCAACGAACUCGAUCGCCUCAUUAACUAUCGAAUGACCACCAACUGCUCUCAGAGGUUCUACCAACUCACCCGAGUCCUGGACUCUCUCCAGAUGACGGUCAAGAAGCUCCAUCAGUUUACAUUUGACCUUUUUGUCCAGGCUCAGUCGCUCCCCACUAAAGUCAGCUUUCCAGAGAUGAUUGGAGAAAUAAUCUCAGUACAUGUACCAAAGAUCCUGGCAGGUUUAGCCAAACCAAUCUUGUUUCACGAGUAGCAGAAAUACUUAUUUGCACAAAAAAGUGACUCAUCUUUGCUGCCUCCAUAAACUAACAAAGGUACUGUUUAAUUUUAAUAACUCUUAGUCCUGUCCUGCAAUUAUUAUACGUUUUUUUUCCUUUUAGCUAUAAUUGAGAUAGUUCAGAACUUUUAAAGCUUUUAUUUAAAGCACUGCAAGGCAUCACCUGUUGACAGCUCUGCUAUUUCUGAGUGGAGAGUUUGUGUUUUAAGCGGGAGCAGAGGUGCUACUUUACAUACGCAGAAAGUCUGUAAGUCAUGAUUACAGCAACCUAAAAGUAGCAGGGUAAAAACAUUAACUUUCACAUGUGACCUCCACGUACGUACACUUGACAAUGUAUUCAAUACUAAAAAUCAAGAGACAGCCCAAAGAGCAGAUGAGUAUUAGAUGACAGAAAUACAUACUUGUGUCCUAUCAACCUACCAAACUAUGUCUUUUUAAGUGCUGCAUUCAGGUGCACCUACUAAAUUCCUGCGUGUGAAGUCACUUAAGUCACUUAAAUUUAACAUAUAUUUUGAAAAAUAUUUAACAAAUGGGCAAAAUCCUGAAGUCCUGCCAUGACAUUAAAGUGUCACUUCUUCUGCGUAGAAUACUCGAGUCAUUACCAUGACAAUCAGUGUAGAUAAUUAGUCAAGUAAUCCAACUGUAAAACACACACUUGAUGCGCAAGAUUUACUUGAACAGUGAACAGUGAACCUCAAAUCCAAGAAUUAGUUGUUAACAGUAAAUCAUAUUCAGUGUAUCUUGCACCAAAUGAAAAUUUUAAUUCAUGAUGCAACUCUGAAGAUAUUACCACAGUAAUACCAUGCCUGCAUAAAAAAAGCAUGUGAAGGCAAAGAAAAGGGAUGUGACAAAUUACAAGCUUAAAGCAAAAGAUUCACUGGUAAAACUGCAACUAAGUCGGCAGCUAUAAUCCAGAGCACACAGCUCUUCACCCGUCUGCUAGACAACAUGGUGUUGACAGCGUCAUACUGUUAGCGGCGGUUUGCAGCAACAGCAGGGACUGGGAGACUUGUAGGGACACGAGGAUGUAAGCAUGGCACCAAAUACAGGAACAUACUGAAUGAGAACUUGAUUCAGAGUGCCAGAGAUCUUAGGUUGGGGCAGUAAUGUUCCAACAGGACAACAAAUAGAAACUUAAAGCCAACUCAAAACUGGAAAGGCCUCAGAUGUAGAAAGUCCUUGACUGGCCCUGCCAAAACUUAGAGAUGAAAACAAACCAAGAACAGUGGAGAAUUGUGGAAUGCCUUGAAGAUAUUUGAGUAAAUCUGAUGAAAAGUAUUAAUUAAUUGAGUUGAAUACAACUAUCAGUUUCUGUUUCAUUAAAAACAUUUACCAAGGUGAUCAAACGUAAGGCACUUUCUACAUACAUCUUGGUCUACAUGAUGCCGAAAGUAGAUUAGACUGAAAUAGUUUAUUUCAGUAAAUUAACUUGUAGCAGAUCAUUACUUCUCUCAGUGCAGCUGCUCUGGGUUUAUAACAGUCCUACACAAACAAACCUUCACAUUAAGACCAAUGCAGAAUAUCCCACAUUUUGUGGGAUAUUCUGCAUUGUUCAAUAACUUUCAACAUUUUAUAACUCUGUAAAUUCAACAUUUUUUAACAGUUACACAUUUCUUUUACAAGCUUGCAGAUGUAGUGUCAUGUGUUUGUAUAACUGUGCGCACAAUUUUUAGCAAAGCAAUGCAUGGACAUCCAUGUAUUCCUCCAAGCACCUGUGUACUGACUGACUGUUGUUGUUCAGUGCAUCUGUCAGAAGGCAUGAUAACAUUUCAGUGUACAGUGAUAAACUGACUACGACAGUCACUUUAACAGUUUUUUGUAAUUGAUUCAUUGAUAAAGCAUUUAGAGUACUUUACUUCAUCUGCAUAAAUAAAUGUCUUCAUAUUUCCUUUUUAUACAAUAUUUGCUGAAAUGCGAAAAGUAACGGGGGAUAAAAUGGAAUUCAGUAGGAAUCCGGUCAUCCGUAAGACUUGACUCCACCACAACAACUAAUUAUAGCCCUGACACUUGAAUAAAUGUGUCCGUUUAGUGUAAAGUUGAAACUUCACGCAAGUCUAAUUUAGACAUAAGAACCCAGAUUAUAUAGUUUGUAUGCCCAAAAACAGAACGAAACAGCGUAUAAUUCUUACAUCUCAAUCUAUUCCAAAAAUUCUGAAAUAGAUAUCUAUCAAGCCUUCUUACAUUUCCUGAAUGCACUAUAUUGUAAGACUGUUGUUACACUUAACAUUUUGUUACUCUUUAUCCUUGAUGUGAUUUUUAUGCUGUUUUAGCUUUAUUAUGCAUUACAUAUCUCAAUGGCCCACGAAGAUGCCCUUGUACAUUUUUAAUACUAAUAUGUUUUAAUCACAGUAGGCUACAGUAUUUGUACUAUGUCAUUUGACAAAAGCUGGUAUGUGCCCAAUGUACUGCAUAUUAACCUGGUUCUUUGUACAUGCUACAGUAACUGUAUAUAUUGAUUAGUUUAAUGUCUGUUUUGGUGUCUGAACACUUGACUUUUAAAGCCAUCUCUUGUAUGAUUUAUACCUUUUUGUGUUUUUCAAUGUGUUUUUCCAAAAGGUAUAAAGCUAAAUCAUCUUUUAAAGGCAAAUAAAAAUGAUUCUGAAGAUGUGA